AUGGAUAAACCUAAGCUCACUUUCCUGCUAAUAAUUAGGGAAUAUGAGGCUUGGUCAGAAGGAAAUGAAAAGAAGCUUCAAAGGGGAGUGAUGAUAUCUUCCAGGAUAUCAAUGACUGACGAGCUUGUAAAAAUGAAGAUAAAUAACAGAAGGAAAUAUGGUUCCCUACAGGAUGAGGGCUUUGAAGCCAAAUUCAGCCUCAAAGGUCAGAGAAGAAAUCUAGAUACCUACAAGGAAAAUGAUACUGUAAAGCUUACCCUUGAUGCCAAUGAAGUAAGUAAAGAAGGAAUCAGGAGUCAAGCUAAACUCCUGUCGCCAAAGCCCUUUGCAACUCAUUUGGCGUCCAUUUCUGAAGUUUCAGAAUACACAUUGAAACCAAAUGAGCAUGACUUACUACCUACUGCUUAUAUUUCAGGAAACAGUAAGUUAGCUAAGAUCAGUGAAACGCUGAUAAGGGAAAGCAGUAAAAUGCCUUACAUGAAAACCUCAACGUGUGGGUCCCCUUCCUCUAAUCCAAAGGUUUCUAUGCCUGAUAUCGAGCUUUUAAAUGCCAGAAUUCAGAUUGAAAAUGCGCCGAUCAUAAGAGAUGCUCCCCUGAAUUAUGCAUCUCUUUUCCGGAAUUACUCUACCUUUGUAAGAAGUUAUGAACUAAUGGAGCAGAUGCUGAGAGUUUACAUCUACAAGGAGGGGGAAAGGCCAAUAUUCCAUGACCCUUUUCUCAAAGGGAUCUAUGCUUCUGAAGGGUGGUUCAUGCAUCUGCUGAAAAGAAAUAAGCAUUUUGUUGUUCAGGAUCCCAGUAAAGCGCACUUGUUUUACGUACCACUUAGUUCGCGUAGGCUGAGGAGAGUGCUUUUGCAGCAUGAUGUUCCAAGGGACGGCGAUGUGGAUAAUCAUCUCGAGGACUACGUUCAAAUCAUUGCUGCAAAGUACAGUUUCUGGAACCGAACAAGAGGAGCUGAUCAUUUUCUUGUUGCUUGCCAUGAUUGGGCCUUAAACUUCACAAGGAAAAGCAUGAAGGGCUGCAUCAGAGGCUGUUUGCAAUUCCAAUCCAGCUCAAGGUUUUGA